CGACCCGGCCCCGACCCGGCUGAGGCUCUGUUCCAUCGUUUCCGACGGGGCUUCUGCUGCUCACGAAUUGCUUGAUCACGUCGUGACGGUCCCUCCGCAUUACGAUUGAAUGGUUCGAUUUCUCUUGCGUCUUGGCGAGACUGAAUUGAUGGCCCACGUUUGUUGCGAAUUCCUCUGAUUUGGACACACAUUCUACGUCUGGAGCCCCGCCUGACUUGCAUAUCUGUUCGAUUUCUUGCGACCGAAGUGGCACGGCAAUCUGUUCUUGGGACGCACGGUCGGAUCGCGUUUGGAGAAAAAGGAUCGGUAGACUUGUGAGAUUGGAUACUGUGUUUCGCGUCGAUGUGCUCUUUGAGACGUUUGUGGUUGUGCAGAGUGUUGGAAAGUCGUUCUGGCUUGCUCGUGAGUCGCUGUGGUGUGUUGUGAAUGAGUUAGUGGCAUUCGGUUGCUUAUUGAAUAUCUUCUUGGCUCGAUCGCUGAUCAGCUAGUAAUUAUGGCUGUUCAUCGUUUACUAAUUUGAUCUAGAGUCCCGACGCGAUGUCGUGUUGCCGUAGGUUCUAGUUCUGUGUAUGUGCGUGAUCUUCCCGAAUUUUUGUGAAGAGCCCUAUUCCCUUGCUUAGUAGUACCGAUUUUAUGCUGUAGAAGAAUUUGAUAUUCAGCGGAGUAAAGAUAUCGCAUCGGUGGUCGCGUAUGGUCCUAUGCCCUUUUAGAUCGGCUCGUAGUUUUCCUGAAAGUGCGACCGACGCUAAUUUCGAGUCCUACGAACUAGUUAUCACGCUUUAGUACGAUAUUGGCACUGUAGUAGAACCACCCCUCGUAAUUUUCAGUGAUAAGAGCUUCACGGGGGAUGCGCAUUGCGACCGAAUGGCAACUAUGUUUACUGAUGGACAUGACAAAGGUUCUUUCCCUUGGAUUCGCAAGCACAAAACGACAAUGACGAGGUUGGACGGUACUGACGGAUCUAAUCAAGAAUUUGGAAUGCAGGAGCUCACAAGAAAUCUAUGUAAUCCAUCUCCUGCUAUUGCCAUCCCUGAGGUGACCCGUGGCGACCGCCCUUAUCCUAGUCACUCAACUACGUUUGAAGGUAGUGGAGUGCCGCAUCUCCUAUUCCCACGGACUACCAAUCUUUCUGAUAAGGUGAAGGGUCGGUCAGAGUGCAUGGCAAUCAGCACAAACGAUUUAGAAGAGAGCGUGGGAUCUAUAUCAGCUGGUAACCCUGGUCAAGAUGACUGUGAGUCUGAGGAUGAACAGGACUCAGGCCACUAUUCCCCCAUGUCCUCCACAUCUGGACCGUCUCCGAACAAUCUCAGUCACUUCCCCAAUACUGAUAUUCGUACGAAUGUCAAUGCGCUUAAAGAGGCUAAAAGCAAUUGGAGUCCCAAGAAAGGCGGGCAAUACGAGCUAAGAGACAGUUAUGACAGGAAUGAGAAGGGACGGAGAGAGAGUUUAGAAGGAAAGGAAAACCUCGAUCGAACUAAUAGCUUUGCACUGAGCGAUACACGCCAAGGUGAUGAGAAGACACAGUCUGAAAGCAAACUAGAAGAGAUACCGGCCAAGAAAAGCCCUCUCAGUGCGCCGCAGAUACACGUGGAUGAAAGUGAGCUUACCUCUGAAACUGAGAUGUCCGAAUCAGACUCUAGUCUUGUAGUCGAUGACGACGACGACGAUGAGGGCGAAGAUGAAGGCGAAGAUGACGACGACGACGACGACGACAAUGCCGUAGGUUGGGUGCCUUACCGUACUUCUGUAGAAGAUGCAGCUGCUUUAGCUCGGCUCAGACUGAGCUCAGACUCUGGUAUAGUGAGAUAUGUUGACCAAAAGGAGAAGUGCGCCAAGCCUUCAAAAUUAGCACCACCUACGCAUACUCUUUCCCCACCACGGAAGUGGCUCUCAGAGCCUGAUACGGACGAAAAGGAUAAAGGGGAGGAUGUGAGAUUUCUGCGGCGCAGUAAUUCAGAUGGUAUCAUCGGUCCUCCAAGCGCGCCCCCCAUGCUAGACGAUAUGGUGUUAGAGCCGCCUGACCGGCCAGUUGAGCCGUCCCCCGCUUCCCCCACGUACUCUGCUCAAAAUGCUUUCGGUUAUGACGCAGCUGCAGUCGAGCAGAGUGCGCCGACAAAACGAUUUGAAACUAGUGUGAGAUCCGUCUCGACAAUGGUCACUGAGGACGUGGGUGUAUCGUGCCGGUAUCCAGCAACUCCAGUGCCUCUCGCCAACCCGGUCUUCCUCAGUGGCCAGGCUGCAUGGCAGUCAAUGAUAGCAUACGAUGGUUGCGUGCGGUUGUGUCUAAGGGCAUGGUCCCGUGGAUCGACGGAGGCUCCUGAAUUUCUUCAAGAUGAGUGCGCUGUACUAAGAGACGCCUUCGGACUCACACAGAUCCUAUUGCAGCCUCAGGAAGAUAGGUCGAGGACAGAAACGAAUGGGGACUUGGAAGCUUCUGUGCCUGCCAAGCCUAAGAUUACAAACGGCAAGUUGAAAAUUCAAGUGAAGAGGAUUCGCAUCAUCACCAACAAACCAAUUCUACGUGGCCACACCUCCGGUCAACGUAGUUUGGCAUACAUGAAUGCUGGUGCACACUACAUGCGUCAAAUGUCCGGACUCUUUAAGGAAAAGGUCAAUAACCUGCGUCUGAACGCUGUUAAAGACACUCAAGAGAUUUUUACCUGUGUGAUCAAGUUGAAGAGCUCAUCAGAAGAAGAACUAACCCGCAUCCAGCCUGGAUCUUCUGAUUCCGCUGUACUGUUUCCUGAGAGUUCAGGAGAUGAGCUACUGAUGGAUAUUCUGGACUCCAAGGGAACCUCUCAGGGUCGUUUGCUCAUCCCCGUUGCAUCAAUCAGCAAUGAUCCGAAUGAUAGAGUGCGGUGGUAUGGAAUUUACAAUCUUGGAGAGCACGAUUGUGUGGGGAAAGUCCAGCUAUUUUUGCACUACACCACUGAAUCCAAUGAAUUUUCUACCAAGUGGGGUCCAGUUGGGGAAACAAGGGCCUAUGACAUAGUGCUUGAUGUGGCCAAGCGUGUGCAACAAUUUCAACGUCGCAAUCUCCGACUUCAAGGGCCCUGGGUCUGGCUGCUUAGUGAAUUUGCCUCCUGUUAUGGGGUAUCGGAAUCCUACACCAAACUAAGGUACUUGGCCUGCAUCAUGGAGAUUGCCACCCCAACACAAGACUGUUUGGUGCUUAUCAACGAACUUCUUGAACCUAUAAUCAAAGCUCGUGAUGAGAAAUCCCUCAACCGGCAAGAGAAACGAAUCUUGGUCGAAGUCGAAGAGCAUGUUGAGCAACUUUUAGCCUUGGUUUUCGAAAAUUAUAAAUCUCUAGAUGAAGCUUCCACCUCUGGUCUGGCAGAGGCCUUCACACUUGCUACGGGAUCCGUAUCUCCUGCAUUAAUACCUGCCGUGCAACUCUUCACGUUGAUGCAUGAUAUCCUCAGUGCGGAAGCCCAAAGUACUCUUCGUAAAUAUAUCAAGACUGGGGCGUGGAAGAGGUGCAAGAGACAUAUGGCUGAAACGGAUGAAUAUGUGUUAAAUAACAGUGAAGGAUUCUUGAUGGAUCCAUUGAGUAUGACUACUGCAUACCAGAAGAUGAAAACCCUAUGCCAGAAUUUAAGCAGUGAAAUACGCACUGAUAUAGAGAUUCACAAUAAACAUGUCCUCCCCAGUUCCAUCGACCUUCCGAACUUGACAGCAACAAUCUACGGUGUCGAGCUUGCUAACCGACUGCGCACCUUCUUGGUAGCUUGCCCACCAUCAUCUCCAUUACCUAUUGUGACGGAUCUCAUGCUCUCCACCGCCGAUUUCCAACGGGAUCUGGCUUCCUGGGGUAUCAGGUCACACAUGGGAGGAGUGGACGCGAAGGAGCUAUUCCACUUAUACGUCGUACUUUGGAUUCAAGACAAGCGUCUACAUCUUUUGGAUUUCUGCAAGUUCGAUAAAGAACGUUGUACAUUGGUAACUACACAACACAAUACUUCUGCAUUUGUUGAAGAAGCGUACGAGCGCAUAAAGGAGACUCUUAAUGAAUAUGAAGUCAUCAUUCACCGGUGGCCAGAGUACACUAUACCGUUGGAGCACGCAAUGGCAGACGUCGAAAGAGCGGUUGUUGGAACUUUGGAGAAGCAGUUCGCUGACGUGAUUGCACCCUUAAAGGAUUUUCUUGUGCCAAAGAAAUUUGGUCUCCAAUACAUGCAGAAGCUUACUCGUCGUCAGAAACCUGUUAUAUACAACAGUCCGACGCAGCUAGGGGUAAUGGUUAAUACUAUCAAGCGACUAUUGGAUACACUGCGUCCCAAAAUAGAGGCGCAAAUGAAGACCUGGGCUGAAUGUCUGCCAGAAGGAGCUGUUCAAGGUGGAGUUGUGUUUGGGGAGCGACACAACGAGGUCACCAUCGAGCUGCGUGCCAAAUACAAGAAUUAUUUGCAUGCUAUUGUUGAGAAACUAGCCGAAAAUGCACGGCUGCAGAAUUCAACAAAAUUGAAGAGAAUUCUUCAUGACACAAGAGAAGCUGGGGGUGCAUCAGACAUCGGUGAACGUAUGCAACCGCUGACAGCUCUACUAGAAGAGACAAUCUCAAAUCUGCAUGACGUGUUCACGUCACGUGUCUUCGUUGCUGUGUGCCGAGGAUAUUGGGACAGGACUGCCCGAGACGUUCUUCAAUUUCUGGAGAGCAAGAAGGAAAAUAGGCUUUGGUACAAAAGCACGACACUUGCCCUCGGGAUAUUAGAUGACAUCUUUGCAGCGCAAAUGCAAAGAUUACAAGGGCGGGCACUGCAAGAUAAAGACUUAGAGCCCCCUCGAUCAGUCGCCGAAGCCCGAUCCAUGCUAUCUCGGGAUACUCGGAAUGGGGCCGACUCAUUUUACUGAUCCAUGUGCACAUGUGUAUAUCUUCAGUUGGACUGGAAUCUACUUUCAAAUUCAAAGUAAUUUGGACAACAGUAGAUAAGUGUACCCAGACUCUGGCAAAGGAGUCAGUCCAGCACCGUCAUCAGAUUAUGAACCUAACGAUAUGAAGCGGGUAUGAAUCCUGGUCUGAGCACCGUAGUACUGAUGAGGAUCAAUUCAAGACAGUGUGGGUAACUUCCCAGUCCGCGAAAUUGUAUAACAGCCUUAGGAAACCUUUAGCUUGUAGUCCCUCUCCACAUUGGAGACGAUAGCAUGUUGGACCAUCUCCAUACCGUGCGUCGCAUUGAAGUCCUUCCAUUCGACCUGGUUGAACAGCUGCACUAGGAAAGCCUCUAUUGAGCAUCAUUUUCCUGUGUGGACAUGUUGAAGUCAGCUACUGCUUUCAUUUGGAGGUAACGGAACGACUCUGUCUCUCCUGAUAGUCUCGCACUGGUCUCACCCCUUGUUUGAAAAUGCGGAAGCAAAAGAUGAAUGUAUUGUCGUAGUACAUGGAGAAAUUUUAGGAUAAGCUUUGGAAGUAUCUUGACCUCUCAACCUUGUCCUCAAUACACUUCAUCAUUGGCUUACAGAAGGUGUGCUAUCAUCUUUUCAUAUAUUACGUACAUUGUUGAUGUAGUUCAUUUAACCAUUAUGUCUUUUAGUGUUCACCGGAGAGAUCUUGCAGGGUUGAGGCUCACCACCCCUGUUUUUUUGGUCAUUCAAAGAAUUUUUACUGCAUUCUUUGUGGUGAUGUCGAAACCUUUGUGACGAGAGUAGUGUUCUGCUAAAAUACUCUAUGCAUGUAUAGAGCGUAUGUUCUUUUCAACUACUUUAUAGUCAAUCUUUCAAGCAAAUGCACUUUCUAUUCACACUUU